AUAUGGGAACACCGAAUCACCAAAAGGAGUGAUGACCAGUGAUCUCAUGUUAAUUUUGGAUGUUUUUCUGCCUCUGGACAUCCUUUUGAAAACGCCACACCAGCUCCUGGGAUCAGACCUUUAUCCACUCAAAAUUCCUCUUUGCCUGAACUACUAAAGUCUGUCCUUGUAUACCACUAAUGGCUACUCAAAGGAAACACUUGGUGAAAGAUUUCAAUCCUUACAUCACGUGCUACAUCUGCAAAGGGUAUCUGAUCAAGCCAACUACGGUAACAGAAUGUCUUCAUACAUUUUGUAAGACUUGUAUCGUCCAGCAUUUUGAAGAUAGCAAUGAUUGUCCAAGGUGUGGCAAUCAAGUUCAUGAGACAAACCCAUUAGAAAUGUUAAGGUUGGAUAAUACCUUAGAGGAAAUUAUAUUUAAGCUGGUUCCUGGACUACGAGAACAAGAACUUGAGCGUGAAUCUGAAUUUUGGAAGAAAAAUAAGCCUCAGGAAAAUGGACAAGAUGGUACCUCAAAAAUGGACAAACCUACAGUAGAUGAAGAAGGUGAUGAAAAUCAAGACGACCAAGAUUAUCACAGAAGUGACCCACAGAUUGCUAUAUGUCUAGACUGCUUACGAAAUAAUGGACAGUCAGGAGACAAUAUAGUAAAGGGUUUAAUGAAGAAAUUUAUACGGUGUUCUACACGCGUCACUGUGGGGACUAUUAAAAAAUUCCUAAGUUUAAAGCUGAAACUUCCAAGUUCUUAUGAGUUGGAUGUACUGUGUAAUGGUGAAAUUAUGGGGAAGGAUCAUACUAUGGAAUUCAUCUACAUGACAAGAUGGCGACUAAGAGGCGAAAAUUUUCGGUGUCUGAACUGCUCAGCUUCGCAAGUCUGCUCUCAGGAUGGCCCUUUGUAUCAGUCAUACCCCAUGGUAUUGCAGUAUCGACCAAGAAUUGAUUUCGGUUAAACCCAGGGGCCUAAAGCCCACUGAGAUGAAUCCUGCACUAUUUGUUUACUCAACAGAUUGCACAGGGAACCUGUGUAUGGACUAGUGGGACACAACCAGAUUUUCAGCAUGCAAAUAAGGCCAUUGUCUGUCUCUAAGUUGUCUGUUGCAUUUAUGUUGUUUCUGUUAAGAGCAAACCAAGUGCCAUUUUGCUACUGGACUGUCUGCAUAAAGUAUUUGUGCUGUCUCAGGUUGAAUAAAUCAUAGUUAAACCAGUCAGUGUGAGGCCAUAAUUCGGUCAUCUGAGUAUCUUGCUUGCUUGAUCUAAAGUUGUUCUAAUAUUUGGUUACAAUAGUAAAUGGCUCAGUCUUUGUGUUGUUGCAUAUUACAUGCUAUUUUAUUCUUUUUUAAAAUAGAAUACUGUAUAUGAAGCUAAUUAUUAUAUCUUGAAAUUCUUUUAUAUGGAAACUGAGUUUUGGAAAGUGGUUUUGAAGCCACUAUCCUAUUCUCAGUAAGUUUUUUUCUGUACAAACUAUUCACUCCUCUGUGUUUCAAGUUCUUUAAGGAAAAUACCAGUUUUUAUUUAACUUAGAACAAAUUUUAAUUGUAGACAUUUCAUCUUUCUGUGUAGUCUGCCAAAUUCACAAGGAAGGCAUGUUAGCCCUCUGGAUUGAAAAUGUGUCACUUCUUGGGUAUCUGAAGAUUCACAGUCAUUCAAAAUGUGGGCAACCGAUAACAUUAAUGCAUAACAAAAUUAGUAUGUAUGUAAGAUUAUCUUUCAUAAUAAUGCCUUAUGACAAGCAGGUGCUGCUUCAAUCAGUGUCACUGUAUAGGUGUGCAUCAUUUAGUGUUUCACUUAAUUAGCAUAUUUU